CAUGGACUAAAUUGUACAGAAGACCCCAAAACAACAAUUAUACAACACGUGAGCGCGCUAUGCAUUUAACAAGCAGAUAAUUUGUUCACUUUCAAUCAAGACAGCCUGCACCGAGACACACUGGGACGUACUUUUUUCUUUUUUUAAAUUGAUUGCAAAAUCUUAUUUAUCGCAAAAACUUCGGGGUGAUUGUAUUGGAUUAGAUGCAUGCCACUGAUACCCUGCCUGUUGUAGGAUAAGGCAAAGAGCGGCGCACAUCCGAGAGAGGGGAUAUAACGGUAUAAAGCGAUUGAAUAGACAAAAAAAGAAAGAAAAAAGUUGCAUAGCCUGGUGUCCACGCAUCGUCAUGCCGAGGUACAACUUCAUGCUGUGCUUCAUGGUGCUCAUCUCCCUGGGACAGUCGGGGAGCGAUGAGCCCAAUGUGCUGCUGCCUUCGGCCAGCGAGACGCCCACGGAUGCCGGGCUGUCCCUGCUGGACGAGGACGCCGGUUCUCACGAGUGUUCCGCCUGUGUUUGGAGGGAGCAAAGCAAAGUGCUGAGACUGGAGACCAUCAAGUCCCAGAUCCUAAGCAAGCUGCGGCUGAAACACGCGCCCAACAUCAGCCGGGAGGUGGUCAAUCAGCUGCUGCCCAAGGCGCCUCCGCUCCAGCAGCUGCUGGACCAUCACGACUUCCAGGGAGACGCGUCGUCCCAGGAUGAGUUUAUGGAGGAGGAUGAGUACCACGCCACUACGGAGUCCGUGAUCACCAUGGCCUCUGAGCCGGAGCCCCUGGUGCAGGUGAACGGGAAGCCGAGCUGCUGCUUCUUCAAGUUCAGCCCCAAGCUGAUGUUCACCAAGGUGCUGAAGGCCCAGCUGUGGGUCUACCUGCGGCCGCUGCAGCAGACCUCCACCGUCUACCUGCAGAUCCUCCGGCUGAAGCCCGUCACGGAUCAGGGCAGCCGCCACAUCCGCAUCCGCUCCCUGAAGAUAGAGCUCAACUCCAGGGUCGGCCACUGGCAGAGUAUUGACUUUAAGCACGUUCUGCAGAACUGGUUCAAACAGCCCCACACCAACUGGGGAAUCGACAUCAACGCCUUUGAUGAGAGCGGCAAUGACCUGGCCGUUACCUCGCUGCGACCCGGGGAGGAGGGGCUGCAGCCAUUCCUGGAAGUGAAGGUUCUCGAGACGACCAAGCGCUCUCGGAGAAACCUCGGCCUGGACUGCGACGAACACUCCACCGAGUCCCGCUGCUGCCGCUACCCUCUGACUGUGGAUUUCGAGGCUUUUGGCUGGGACUGGAUCAUUGCCCCCAAACGCUACAAAGCCAACUAUUGCUCCGGCCAGUGCGAGUACAUGUUCAUGCAGAAAUACCCGCACACCCACCUGGUGCAGCACGCCAACCCCCGAGGCUCCGCAGGGCCCUGCUGCACCCCGACCAAGAUGUCCCCCAUUAACAUGCUCUACUUCAAUGACAAGCAGCAGAUCAUUCACGGCAAAAUCCCGGGGAUGGUGGUGGAUAGAUGUGGCUGCUCUUAGGCUGCAGGGGAGACACACACUUGUGUACAGCCACCAUCGCUUCAAAACACCCAAAACCCUUACGGAGUCUCCCCUGGCACCAGAACCCACUCCUCGGCACCAGAUUUCACUUUUGCUCAGCAACAAAAUCAUCCCACUUGGUUUCCAUGUUUCCAGUAAUUAAAUUGAUUCAAGGUGUUUAAAAAAAAAAAAAAAGUUGUAAUUUAAACAGGAAUCAACAAAGGACUGAGUGAUGGAAAUACAUCAUGAAUGAUUUAAAGAGGUUGUCUUUGCGAAGCAGCUUCCGAAAACAGUAAAUGAGACAAAACUAUGUUAUAGAGUAUGUGUUAGUUUUGUGGGUUUUUCAAAGUUGAUUUUUUUAACGGCAUCUUUGUGAAAUGUCCAGGUUAGUGGGUCGAGAUGACAGGAGACAUAAGCAUUUACAAUAUUUUUAAAGUAAUUUCAGUCCUAAGGUGAGUUUGGAAGAAACUUAAUUUUAAAGAUACAUUUACUUGAGAAUGAGAAAAAUGUUUGCAACGGGGCAUGAUCAGAAUUAUUUUGCAAUCUUUCACUUUAACAAAGAGAACUAAAUCCACACGUACGUGAGGAGGGUUUACCUAUAGAAAUACUGUUAGUAUAAAUCCAAAAUCUUGUUUACAGAUGUUUAGAAAUGUGCUCUAGAGAGUGUUAAAGGAGAUCCGAAACCAAACCUAUACCCUCUAUUAAUGUAUAACACCCCAGUGUGACAUUCUCGAGUGUCCACAAAACCUUUCACAGUUACUUUGAUCUUUUUUAUUUGCAGUCUUGUAAAACUCAAAAAGAAAAGAGGGAGAAAACAGCUUGUGCUAUUUUAACUCUAUCUUUCAAAGUGAAUAAAUGGAGCCAGUGUAGCUAUUUCUGACAUUCUGCCAAAGUAGAUAAGACUUAUUUAGGUUUUACUUCCACAUUAAAGUCUCAAACUAAGAAGUGUAAUGUAGAAACACUCUCAAGUUAUUCGGCACUGCCUGGGAGAGGAGGAGGAGGAGGAGCAGGAUCCCGCGGGAUGACGAGAACCCGACACAUUUUCUUUCUUCUAUGUGACAAAAGGAAAAUACCAGUCACACCUUCAACUUUUGCCUGAAUGAGAUGCAAAUGCACUGUUUCAUAACUUGCAGAGGCUUGAGAGUGAGAGUUAUACGACAAACAGAGGGCAACAAUCCUGAAAUAAAAACACAGAGUGACUGUAAUGUUCAGCCUGCUGUGAACUAUUGAGCUGAAACAUGAUAACAUAAAUAUAACUUGAACUUUUCACACUCAUACUUGUUUGCAUCCAUUACACUUGAUGUUAAUUAACUUUUUUUCAAUACUAGUUUCAAAAAAGAUAAAAAUGCAAAAUCCUCUAACUCUAGUACUGUGCUCUGAAAUAAUAGCUUUUAAAAAUCACAACAAACCACAUAACACAAGGAAAUCAAGAGAAUGUAACUCAACCACAGACUUUAGAUUAGAAAACAUUUGAUUGCAUUUUAAAAUGCCCGCCUCCACCUCAACUGUUUUGUCAUCAUCGUAAAAUAUUGUUAGUGCUUGAACACAGAGUAGAUUAGAACCGCUAAAAGUCUGUCUUUGUCUCCUGGAUGUCAAAGCAAAGAUAUCCUUUUGUUGUAAACGAAAGCACUAUGCUGUUGGAUAAAGGAAGAGCCUUCUGACAUUAUAUAUAAAUGAUAUAUGUAUAUAUUAAAAAAAGGGGUACAAAAACCUUUUUUGGGGCACUCUACCUUACCAACAAUAAAUUUUGCACUAUGGAACGUUCAUGGCGUGAGGAUGUGAAGUGUUGUUUGUUCUUUAUCAAGCACAAGAGAGCUUGUCCAGUAUAGCAUAAAAAAGAAAAAAAAAUAUUCAAGCUUCUGGUGAUAAACCAUGAACUAGAGAGGUUAUCACUUCUUUUUGAUACCAUCACGCUUUCCUGACUUUUGUCUGAAGCGGGGGCCUGUCCAUACACUCACACACUUUUAUCCAAUCUGGAACCUGGACGUAGCGUACCAGCGGCCUGAAAGGCCUCCUUUCCCACUUUGGGUGAUAAGUCAUGUGUAUCUUAAGUGUCUGGAUCAAUGAAAAUAGAAUGCUUUAACUGGAAAUGGCCCGCCCACAAACUUUAAUUUGUUACCAUGUUAGAGAGACUACGUCCUUUUGACUUAAACAAUGUUUUAACUGUCUUGCAUAGACAUGUUUUUGCCUUUGUGUGUAUUUUAAGUGAAAGCACCCAUGCAAGAAUGGGAGGAGUAUCCAGGGAUUGUUAGCCAAAGUAGAGGAUGACAUGUUGUGUGCUGUAACUUUUGUGAUCGCAGGAAUAUGCUAGAACAUUUCAAAGGGAGGAAAAAGCUGGUUUAGGGGCAGUGGUUGGAAAUAAUUCAACUGGUCAAUUAUCUAUUUAUUAAUAAUAAUUGCAAUGCAUUUCAAAGUCUGUCUACCUCACUCUAGCCUCCUAAAAACCUUGCUUUUUUAAAUUUGUCAUCAAUUAAUCUGUGCAGACAUUUAACCUAUAAGAAAGCCCCCAAAAAUGUAGAUGAAAACCACAGGGUCCCCUUGCUCUCAGGUUCAGAUUGAGUUAUUGACGGAGUGACUGAUGGUAGCGGCUCUGGUAAUGUGUGGUCAAAAGAAAUAAUUAGCUGUGCCCACAUCUAUGGCUCGUUGAGAAGUUGCAUUUUGAAUUUUAGUGUUUGUAUACUGGUAUGUGUGAGAGUGUUUUCAUAUAAAUAUAUGAGAGUAAGAAAUCUCUAUGUAAAUACCUUCCCAAAUGUUGACAUUUAUGAUAUUUUGGACAGGUUCGCCGCUUCUAAUGUUUUUCUCACUUUCCCCCGUCAUUCCUCCGUUCAUUGUGUAGUUUAAAAAAAAGAAAUCACCCCAACUUUGUAGUUUAAUGGUUGUGCAUAUGAAUAACUGUUCAAUUGUUAUUUUUGCCUUUUUGUUGUUUAUUUACUGUCAUUUUUCUUUUGUACAAUAAAUCAUUUAUUUAG